UGGCCGGGACAGCCACACCUCCUUUCUGCUUUCCUCCCUUGCUUCCCUUCCUUCUCUUUUCCCCUUUUCCCCUCCCUGCUCCUCUCCGGCCCGGCCGCCGCUCCCGUGCCCCUGCCCCAUGCCCGCAGCGCUGGGGGCUGCUCCCGCGGCCACCCGAGCCCAGGACCCCGCGAGGAGCCGGCAUGGGGCCCGCUGAGGAGCUGGUCCGGAUCGCCAAGAAGUUGGAUAAGAUGGUGGCCAGGAAAAGCACGGAAGGGGCUCUGGAUCUGCUCAAGUCGCUCACCGGCUACACCAUGACCAUCCAGCUGCUGCAGACCACGCGCAUCGGGGUGGCGGUCAACUCGGUGCGCAAGCACUGCUCGGACGAAGAGGUGGUGGCCUCGGCCAAGAUCCUCAUCAAGAACUGGAAGCGGCUGCUGGAGACCCCUGCUGCCCCGAGGAAGGAGAAGGACGCCGAGGGGGAGAAGGAGAAGAAAGAGAAGGAGAAGAGGCUGGAUUUCCCCAGCUGUCCCAACGAAGGGGCGAACCCGCCCCCGGCCAAACACCCCAAGAACCCGGCCGAGAAGCACAGGGAGAAGCACAAGGAGCGGAAGCCCAGCAAUCCCGGCUCCCACCCAGCCCCCCCAAAAGGCCAC